UUGGCCUGGUAAGACCAACUUUUGAAGAAUAUUAGGACUGUCAAGGAUUUUCAAGAAUACCAGGAUUCAAGAACCAGUAUUUUCAAGGAUACCAGGAUUUUCAAGGAUACCACAUUGUUCACCUGCGAGAACAAAGUUACGUAAAUAUGAAGCCACAUUUAAAAUUAUCCACCUCGCGCAAAUUGUUGCACAAAUUAUCUAUGAGGCAAAGGAAUAAGGUUAUGAGUGAAAUACGACGCAAUUUACAUUUACAAAAUUCUGCAAUAAAAAGUAAACGUAACGUUAAACAUGUAGAGUCCAAUGACAAUUCUGAAUUACAACAUCUUUCACCUUUGCCGGAAUGUAGUUCUUCAAAUUACUUUCCUUCCAUUAACGAAAAUAUUGCCAGUACAAGUCGUGGAGACGUAGAGGAUGAUAGAGCAUCAUGUUCUUCUUCCAUUUCUUCUAAUGUUUCUUAUGCAUUGUCUUCAUUUUCUAGUAGUUUGUCUGAACCAUCUUUUACUUUAGCUUCUUGUUUUGUUGAUUCUAAUUUAACACAUAAUCAAGGAAAUAGUGUCUUAGCUAUUUUGAGAACACAUACCUGCUUUAUCAAUUUGCCCAAAGAUGUAAAAACUUUGCUAAAUACACCAAGGCAUCGUGUUGUUUUGUGCACUGUUGAGCCAGAGGAAUAUAUACAUUUUGAUUUGGAAAUUGCACUUGUUGAAAGCCUUUGUAACGCUCCAUUUGUAUCUCGUAUUGGAGAACUAGAACUCGAUUUUAAUACUGACGGAUGUACAUUAGAUAAAUCAGGUAUAGUUCAAAUUUGGCCAAUUCAGUGUAGAAUAUCAAACUUACACAAUACAAAACCUAUAGUUGUCGGAAUAUAUAAAGGUGCGCAAAAGCCAUAUGAUGCUACUGCUUUAUUUGAAAAAUUCAUUGCUGAUGUAAAAACAAUUUUUUCUAAUGGAGGUAUCAAUUUUCGUGGCACUUUAAUACUAAUAAAAUUAAGAGCUUUUGUAGCUGAUGCGCCUGCUCGAGCUUUUGUCUUAAAUCACUGUGGUCAUACGUCUUAUUACCCAUGCUCUAAGUGCAAAGUUCAUGGCAUGCAGAUCGAUGGCCGCACUGUAUUUCAUGGUUUGCAUCAUCCUGUCCGAACAGAUGAAGAUUAUAGAUUGCGCCGUGAUGACAAUCAUCACAAAGAGGGCACAAGCCCGUUGUCAGUUCUACUAAUGGGGAUGGUUUCGCAAGUCCCCUUUAUAUGCAUUUAGUAUGUUUAGGUGUAGUAAAGAAGCUAUUGUCUGCCUGGGUACUUGGGAAAUAUUCGCGGAUAUCGAAA